AUGGAAAUUGCUCUAAAAUACGUCCUAUUACUCUUUCUCGCCGUGACCAUUGAAUCCGCCUUUGACGACGAUGAUUUUCUCCUCCGAUUUCGAUUUGAAGACAAUCCCAGGCUUAUACGCCAAUUUGCCAUUGAUAUCUCCUCCUCCUCAUCGUAUGUUGUUAGCGCCCAAUCAAACCGGGAGCUCGAAGAAGCGUUCGUAUUCAACGAAACAAAGUCCAAGACCUUCAAGGAAUUGGGAUGUUUUAGAGCUCGCUACGACUCAAAAUUUAGCAACUUUCACGGAAUCUGCGAAGGCAUCUAUGGAUCGGAUUAUAUUCAAAUAAACGAUCAGCACCGGAUCAAGACGACUUUCGGAGUCUGCCGAAAGUUUGAUGGAAACCCGACGGGCGGUCUGAACAUGCUGUUGAUCGCCGGAAGGAUUGGAUUGGGCCCUGAUGCAGAGAAACCCGGAAGUACGCUGAGGAGGGAUAUUAUGAAGACUUGGGAGGAGCCGGUGCUGUGCUUGGCGACAACCAACCGGAGAAGGUAGGAUAGUUAUUUUGAGAGAGCUGGGGAAGUACAAGGAGGGACCUGAUCCAGUCGCAAAAAACGUACCAUUUGGCAUCCGGGAAGUAUCAAAAAUGUAGCAAAAUGCUUUCCUCUCCAAGCGAAAAAACUUCGUUUUGAAGGGCACCCUUUCCCUCACAAAAUGAGCGGGCGCGCUUUUGAAAUCGGAGUUUUUUCACUUGCAGAGGGAAACAGUUUGCCACAUCUUUGGUACUUCCCGGAUGCAAAAUGGUAAAUUUUUUACCACUGGAUCAGGUCCCCCACUGUUUCAGUCUCUCGGGAAAAUAAUUGUGAUUUUCCAUACGACAGAGCUCUCAUUAUUUUCCCGAUGAACUUGUAUCUCGGCAACAGCUGAAUAUUACGACGUGCAAUUUCCAGGGACUGACUUCUGUUGGGUUUAGAGCCCAUGCUUAGACCUUUAGGCAACUCUGACUAUCGAAGAUCACCGUCACUUUCCUCAUUAAACUCUCAAGUUUUCAGAGUUGAUGAACGCGUAAUUUCCACGGGAAAAAACCUUGCAACCCCCGAGAACACGAUUGUCUCAACACAAAUAACCCCUAAAACUGGCUUCUGGCAAUUCCCGACUAUCGGAUUUUCAAUCGGUACCGAAGUCUUCUCCCCAAUCUCCGUUGUUCUAUCGACCACAACUCAUUACAUCAAAGUUCCGACGAAACUCUUUGGCAAAGUGAUUCAGGCGUUCUCUGCAUUUCAAGAAAACAAUAGUUGGUAUGUGCAUUGCGAUGAGGAGCAUCCAAGCCUGAGGCUGAAGAUUGGUGGGCGGAUGGUGGAGAUUCUGCCCGGUGAUUUGAUCGAAGAAGUAAUCCCCGGUAAAUGCCGUUUGUUGGUGAAUCAACACAACAACGAUUAUAUGGUGGUGGGAGCUUCCGUCCUCUACACGAAUGGAGUGUGUUUGAAUUAUGAGAUGAAGACUGUGACAUUCUACAAACCUGAAAUGUCAAGGAUUUGA